CACACGCACGCACGCACACGGGGUCACGAAAACGACGACAGGCAAAGCGAUGUCGCUUUUCCGAAAACCAAAAAAACCCAUCCAGCGGCGCGUUUUUAGUGGCUACGACGAUGAGGACGAAGAAAAUCAUAACGCAGCGAGCAAGGAUACGGCCCCGCACGGUAACAGCAGCGAUAAUGGCGGCGACAACAGUCGUCCAAUACCGAUGGACACGGAUCCGGCACCGGAAGGUCCUGCGGUGGCCUCAGAACACCGCAAGCGAAAAGAACAUCGUGCGGAAUCUUCCACUAAGGGUUCGCUGAAAGCGAUACCGAACACCAAACCCUCUUUGCUUAGUUUCGACGACGAAGAGGAGGGCGAAGUAUUCCAAGUGAAAAAGUCCUCCCACAGCAAGAAGGUGAUGAAAACGCUCGACAAGGAACGGCGCCGGAAGCGGCACAUGGAGAAGAGCAAUGGCACGUCGACGAGCCAACAGGCCGGAUACGGUGCGGACCAGGGCAAACCGACGAAUGCUCCCCGAAAGCAGCAGCAGCAGCACGUUUCAUCUUCGCCACCAACGGUCACGGGGUCGUGCGGCAACGACAGUAAUGAUAAGAUAAAAAGAGAAAAGUGUGAAAAUUCUAGCUCUAAUAUCCAAACAGAAAUACGCACAGACGACUUUGUGCUGGUGGUCAAGAAAUCGGAUCCGGAGAAUAUGAUACUAAACGGCCGGGCAGCACUGUGUGCCGGACGGAACGAUAUGUCCUCGGAGGAUGAAACGUACGAGAAGGAAGAGCCCGAUGGUGGACGGAUGCAGCAGCAUCACCAUCACCGGUUUGCGAAACCGCAGGACAACUUUAAGGUGUGUCUGGAGAACGGUGUCAUACCGGAUGCGGCCAUGAUUCAUGCCGCUCGCAAGCAACGCCAGAAGGCACGCGAGCAAGGUGAAUUCAUACCGGUAGAGGAACCGAAGGAAGAGAAAACUAAAAAGCGAACCGUACAAGAAGACGGAGACGGUGACGGUUCGGAUGAGGAUGACGAUCGAAUCGACAUGUCCGCUAUAACCGGUGCCAAAGAGCGUGAAGAACGGCGGGAACAGUUUUAUGCCGUACAGCGUGAAGACUCGGAUGCGGAGGAUUCCGACGUAGAAACGAAGGAAUGGGAAAAUCAACAAAUUCGCAAAGGCGUUACCGGCGCUCAGCUCGUAUCGGCACAGCAAGAAUCCGUCAUCUCACAGUACUUAAUCGGUAACAACUUCAGCCAAACGUUCCAAAACAAGUCGGCCAUACUGAUGGAUGAUCAGCAACGGGUUGAUAGUGCCCUAUCAACAGCGGCCCUGCUCGAGAAAGCCUAUGCAGCGUCCAGUGGUAUCCGACUGUCCGGCACUACUACUACUACUACUACUACUACUGGUAGCAACAAGCGAUCGAAUGCCCCACCAGGCAGUGGUAUUGGUGGGACAAAAACAUCCGACCCGAAACCGAGCGGUCCCCGGAUGCCACAACAGAUUCUUGCACAGCUAACAGAACGACAUCGAACGACGGCCGAGUUGAACCGGAAACACGACGAAGAUAUUAUGCAAAUUACGCAAGAAAUCAAACUGCUCCAGAUGGAUCAUAUAUCGUGCGAGCAAAAGGCGCCGAUUGCUGCGGCCAAGUAUCGGUUCUAUCAAGAGUUUCGCUGUUACGUGUCCGACUUGGUGGAAUGUUUAAAUGAAAAGGUACCGCUGGUGACGGCACUCGAGCAAAAAGCGCUCACGCUACUCGGGAAACAUUCGAGCAUGCUAAUUGAACGUCGUCGGCAGGAUAUGCGCGACCAGGUGAAGGAAGUGACCGACGCAAACAAACCGGCCAAGCGUACUGGUGGACCAGAGGAUCAGGAACGUGUUCGGCGAGCGGCAGAACGUGAAGGACGGCGUACACGCCGUCGCCGGGAUAGAGAAAAGAAUGAAACGUCCGACAGUCACUUUGACGGUAUGUCCAGUGAUGACGAAAUCCCGGACAUGGAAGCAGCUCGCUACCGUUCCGCACUGCAAGCGAUCGAGCUGGAAGCGCGGGAAGUGUUUGUGGACGCGGCAGAAGAAUACGGUGAGGUGGCGGGAAUAUUGGAACGGUUCGAGCAGUGGCGUCAGCACGAUAUGCACGCGUAUAGUGACGCUUACGUGAGCCUUUGCCUGCCGAAAGUUCUUGCCCCGCUGAUCCGGCUCGAACACGUCAGCUGGAAUCCGCUGACGAUGGACGCGUUGGUAGAGCUGGAGAAUGAACGAUGGUACCGCACGGUCGCUCAGUACGGUUGUUCGGCUACGACGGAGGCGUCGCUGGCAGCGGAUCCGGACGUGCGGCUCAUACCGACGCUGGUGGAGAAAAUAUUCCUGCCCAAGUUGACGGCGCUGGUCGAGCAGUACUGGGAUCCGCUGUCCACGACGCAAACGUUCCGGUUGGUACGGCUACUGAAACGAUUCGUGCGCGAUUACCCAUCGCUCAAGAUUACGUGCAAACCGCUUCGGGUGCUCUUCCAAGCGAUACUCGACAAGCUUAAGCAGUCGAUCGAUAACGAUGUGUUUAUUCCAAUAUUUCCCAAACAAGCGCAAGAGGCCAAAUCGUCUUUCUUUCAACGGCAGUUCUGUAGCGGUUUGAAGCUACUGCGCAACAUCACCAGCUGGCAAGGCAUUUUGGCCGAUGCAGCACUAAAAGAGCUCGCGAUCGGAUCACUGCUGAAUCGAUAUCUAUUGAACGGGAUGCGUGUCUGCUCACCGGUGGACGCGAUCGCGAAAGCUUCGACCAUCGUGUACACCUUGCCACGCGUUUGGCUUAGCCCGGGUGCGUCGGUUGUGCAGAGCAUGGAUCAGUUUAUCAGUAUGCUGCGACAUUUGCAAUCUCAACUAGAUCCUGCCAUCCCUCCGAAUGGAGAACUAGCCGAACAGAUUCGCAAAAUUCUAACAAGCCUGCAUGUGGUUUCAACGUCUUCAACGGUAUUGUGA